GUUUCGUUUACCAGCGUGUGGUGCGAUCACAUUGCAUAUUUUGAGCGUCCACUGCGUUUCGUGUCGCAAGACUUAAAGAAUGCGUUACGUAGCCGCUUAUCUUUUAGCUACCCUGGGAGGCAAAACUUCUCCUAGCCAAAAUGAUAUUGAAAAAAUUUUAUCAUCUGUUGGAAUUGAAUCCGAUGGUGAAAAACUAAGGAAAGUUAUAUCACAAUUGAAUGGAAAAUCAAUUGAUGAACUUAUUGCACAAGGACAUGAAAAAUUGUCAUCCAUGCUAGUAGGUGGUGCUGUAGCUGCUGGAGCUGCUGCUGCACCUGCUGCUGGAGCUGCUGCUGCACCGGCUGAAGAAAAGAAAGAAGAAAAGAAGCCAGCGAAGGAAGAGUCUGAAUCAGAAGAUGAAGACAUGGGCUUUGGUCUUUUUGAUUAAAUUCCAUAACAGCCACAGCUGUGUAAUGACUGUUUGUACAGCUUUUGUAUUAUACAGUUUUGACAAAAUGAUUAAAAAAUAAAUUGCAUUUUUAAUUUAUUA